GGCAACACUGUUGACGUUUCUGAACUGUCAACCCUGAAAAUGUUGACAUUGGAAAUAUUUGUUUUAAAAUAUUUACAAUAAAAAAAAUGUAAUGUAAGAAAUGUUGACUGGACAGAAGUGAAGGAGAUUUCAAAAUGACGACACCCGAAGAUACUCCGUUUGCACAAGACAUCUUUAAUUUACAGUGUAUUUUAGAAAAUAUUAACAUAAGAUUGUGUGCAAGGAUUGAAAGUGGAGUUAAACAAUUGCUAGCUCUUAUUACAAGCGAUGGGGAAGUUGUUUUACAUUAUAGUUAUGGAGAAAUGACACCAGUUGUUAAAAGAGUACCAUGGUUUACAGAUAGACAAAAAGUUAUACAAGCUGUCUGUUUUGAUCCUUCGGCAACAUGGUUAUUAGUUAUUUCCUUUGACGGUUCUCUUUACAUAAUACCUGCCUUAAGUUUAGUAGAUAAGAAACAAAAAAUUGACUGUAAGUGGUCUCUGAAUGAUAUUACUCACUUUCAAAAGCAUACUUUGACUCCAAAUGUGAUACCGACCAGUAUUGUUUGGUGGCAAACAUUAGACUGCAAUCAGAAUGCUUUAGUGGGCUAUGAGAAUGGUGCAAUUGUUUUAAUUAGUUUAACAGAUGGCAGAUAUUUGGGGUGUUGCAACAUUUCUGAGUCUGUCAAGCAGUUGUGCUUGUGUCAGGAUAAUAGUCUGGAAACGGUGUCAUUAUUGAUAAACGGCAUUAGCGGCCAACAGUGGCGCCUGAUACUCGAACACCACAACACCGGCUACGUGUGGCCGCCCGACUCCAACGCCAUCUCGGACGACUCGACCAAAUCUCGGCUGCACAACCUCAAGCAGCUGGGCGUCGACAAGCUGCAGCUGCUGCGGCAGCGGUUCGGCGGCGAGCCGCGCGUCGCCAGGCGCGACAGCCAGACCAGCGAGACCGCGUCCGAGUCGUCGCACACCGACUCCACGCACAGCUCGGGCCCGGAGCUGUUGCCGCACCUGUGCGACACGUUUUUCGCGCCUCAGCACGCCCGCAAUCAGUACUUGUUCUCGGCGUUCUACAAGCCUUCCAGCCUGCUCACAGUACAUGCCGUUGAUGUGGAGUCUGCGCCUUUAUUUGUACACAAGUUGUGUUCCAAUACGACAUUCCUUUUGUUGACUGAUAAAUUGAUAUACACAAUAAAUGAUGACAAUGACACUUUGUCGAUUAUUAGUUCGCAGUUGUCGGAGUGUCGACUUGAAGGAGAUUCCGAAUUCAACAAUGAAUCUCUGGUCGCCAGAUUUUCGGUGUCGAAUGAAAAAAUCCUUCAAGUUUUUAAAUUAGUAGACCUAACCUCAGUGCGCUUGCGUAAAAAAGACGACAAAAAAGAGAAAGUAUAUGAAUUACCAAAAACCGUUGACGACAUUACCGUAAGAAAACCUCGAAUUGACACAUGCGUCAUUGUUACUGACAGUUCUGUAUAUAAAAUUGUUGUAAGUUGUUCGCCGGUGAAAAAAUUCGUUGAAUACGUUACGGAAGAAAACAGUCUCGAAAAGGCGGAAAAAAUCUCCUACAUUUUCGGUUUGAAUCUGCAACAGCUACUCGAAUGCUGCGGCGAUCUUUUAAUAGCCAGAGGCUCCUUUCACAUGGGCAUAAUUUUGUACAAACAGGCCAAAGUGCAUCUGCUGAAGAGAGUUUUGAAGCUGGCCGUUUCGGCAGAUUGCAGAACUCUGCUGAAGUUCGUGCAUUUGUGCCUGAGUGCCAGUAAAGUUGACAUGUCGAUGCCGACCAAAAUUCACAUAGGCAAUUUGGCUGUGAUGGCGUAUACCGAGUUGAUAUUGAGGUUUGGUGGUCCUGCUAGGAUGUCAAAUAUUAAGGAUUUUAUGAACUUUUUGUGCUACGAGGAAUACUACGACCAAAUACUCGCCGUGAACGUGGCCUGCCAAGCGGGCCACUGGAACGUCGUGAACCUGCUGGCGAAGUCGCGAGGCCUGCAGCCGGAAGUGGUCAGCGCCCUGGGUCAGAUCUUGCAGAGCGCGCGCGCACCGCGACCCACCGAUCGCGACUUCCUGCUGGCCCUGUCGGAGCCCUGCCUGACGCAAAGCCUGCUCGUGUUCCCGCAAAGCUCGCAGGUGAUUUUCCAGUACGUGCGCGCGAACGUCGACUCGUUUCCCGCGGACGUUCUUCGGCGAUUGGGCGCGCAGCUGGAUCCCAGCCAGCCGUGCGCCGUGCCAUUGGUCAGCAGGGUUUUUCAAGGCGGCAAGAAGUACUCGUCCAGUCUGGACACCACCAUAGACUCCGUCGAUGCCGAUAAUCCGGACAGAGCCGAGGUCGUCGUGAGGGACUUGAUCGAGACCUUUUUGGUCGUCUUGAUUGCGUUAGCUUCGAAGACCGAUGAAAUGAGAUACGAUUCAAGUUAUUUGGACAAAAUGACUUUACCGGAUGAAACGUCCGAAGAAGUUCCUAUCAGAAAUUUUCCGGAUUUGCACCCUCUAAGCUGUGGCCACGAACACGCUGCCGUGAUACGAAAUAACGCUGUCUACACGAUGGGAAUGUCUAAAUCCGGGUGUUUGGGUUUAGGACCGCUUCUCACUCAAAGCAGUCCACCCAGACCUGUUCAAACCUUAAGCGACAUGAAAGUUAAGGUGCUCAGUGUGUCUUGCGGUAGGAAACAUACGCUGGCUUUGACUGAUUUUGGGCUGUACGCUUGGGGCUCGAACUCGUACGGCCAGUUGGGGCUGGGAAAGCACGUGCAAGAAAGCCCUUACCCGCAAAUCCUGUCGACGUUGUCCGAGCACAAGAUAAUCGACGCGGCCGCCGGGCAGUACCACAGCAUAGCGCUCACCCUGGCGGGAAAAGCGUACACCUGGGGAUGGGGCAUACACGGCCAGCUGGGACACGCGCGCUGCGACAACGAGUACGCGCCGCGCAUGCUCAGUUUUGCGCACCCGAUCAGGCAGGUGACGGCCGGGCAUGCGCACUCGUUGAUCCUGACGUGCGAGGGCAAGCUGUACGGUUUCGGAUCGAAUAUCUUCGGGCAGCUGGAGAGUUGCCAGAUCGACGCUAAUAAAUCGUCGACGCCUGUUUGGGUGCUGCUGAUGCCGGACAUUUAUACGCCCAUCGAGAAGGUCGCCACCGCCUACUUUCAUAACAUUGCCAUUAGAGCCGAUCAAGAGGUGUACACAUGGGGCGCAAGUCCGCAAGAAGUGCGCCUCUUUCAGUCGAAAAACAACCAAAAAACGCAACCUCAAACCAACGGCAGCUUACCUCUGAAACCGCCGGACUCGUGGAAAGCGAGCGUGCACGUCUAUUCCGGAAUAAAUAAACGACCGAUUGAGCAGGUUUCCGUCGGAUAUCGUCAUUCGGCUAUUUUGCACAACGGCAAAAUCUUGUGGGGCAAAAAUAAAGAUGACGAGUUAAGUCCACCGAAAUUGAGGGACCAGGAUUCGAUUAACUUGUUCACGCAAAGGUUUUUGCAUGUUUCGUGUGGUUUGGAGUACACCAUGGCUAUAGAUCAUACUGGCAAGCUAUUGGCUUGGGGAAAUACAUCAAUGGCUCAGGCAAUCCUUGGAAAACCGAUGGACGACAACAGAAAACUAGCGAACAUGGAAGGAAAAGUGGCAGUCUUCAAAAACACCCGUCGUAUCAUAAAAUUCCCGAACACCCUAUCCGGGAAUAACGACAACUAUCCCAUAGAAGUCCCGGGACUCCCAUCCAUGGCCAUAACGUUCAACCUAACCGACCACAAGCUCCUCCUAUCGAAAAAAUUUACGCCCUACGCAAUGCGCAAAGUGGAGAACCUGGAUGAUGAUAAUAAUAAGAGCGAUAAAGUUGGCCACGGUAAGAAUUGCUUUAUGGACUUGUUGAGGGAAUGCCCGGGAUACAAAAUGGGGCAAAAAACGCUUCAUUACGCCCUCCAAACGUAUUUCGGUUUGUACGAUAGCGAGACCAUAUUAACCACGUGUUUCAACAUCGGGAAUUAUCAAGCGGCGAGUAAAAUAGCUUUACUCGACGGUCAUUACGGCGAUAGUUUGGGGUUCCAACUGAUGGCUUUCAAGGAGCACAUGAAAUCGCUGAACGUUUGUUCGAAAAAAAGCUCUUUCGAUACUUCGGAACAAAGCCAAAUCGACUUGAUCGUUAAAAAUCUGCAAGACGACUUAAACGAGAAGAAUCUGCUGCUACAUUCCAAUUCCAGUGAUAAAAUACUGCACUGCCACACUCCCGGCAAAAUACUGAGUUCCAGUUCGUCGCUGGACAGCAUCAGACAGUGGGGGGACGAUAUCGAGCACCAAGGCGGCAGGGAGAGUCCCUGUGAAAUGUCGGAAAUCGGGGACAUACGGCAAAACAUGACGCAAUACGUUCAGUCGGUGGCGAGCACCGAAAAUUCGCCGCCCAUAUCGAGCGUUUCCAAGCUAAUCUCCGAGGGGAAGAACGCGAAAAUCCCCCCGCAAAAGGACGAAACCCCCUACAGCAACGUCAUAGAAACCGCGUCCGCCAUAGUAGAGUUCUACAUAACCAAGAUCUACGUCUCGGAAAACCACAUUCUAAUGCAAAACAUCCUGCUGAAAUGCAUCGAGUUCUGGCUCACGAACAAUUUACCUGUGGCAGCCUUGGAGAACGUCCUCCUCAAAAACAUGGACAAGUACUUUUACCCCCUCUCGAUUCUGCUGUUUUGCAAAAAUUUCGCGAACGGCUCGGACGACGAGAUAAUCAAAGAGAACGACUCGAGAAAUUCCGCCUGUUUUCUCAAAGAGUUUUCCACCAAGUUUUGCCUUCAAUUGUGUUCCAUGGUCCUAGAGAAUGUUAACAAGUCGUAGAGUUUUCGUUUUCUCAUUCAUCGGUUCGUUGUGAAAGCUAGUCAAAAGUUUAUUAUUAAAGAGAUCUCAUUAUUUUGGUUUUAGUAUGUUUACAAAGUGCUUAUUUCUUGUUGCUUAGUAUUAAAAAAAACAUUAUUUUACUGGUCACUUUUUAUAAAGUUCGUUUUUUUUAUUUGGACUUAUUUGAUUAUGUCGUUUGAUUGCAUUCCUAUUUUAUAAAUUUUUUAAAUAUUUUGACAUUAACAAUGGAUCAGAAAUCGUGAAAUUAGCAUAAUUUUAUAUUUUAGCGAAGUUAUUGUCAAAUGAAAUUUUUGGUACCUAACAAAAUCUAGUUAUUCUUGGACAGAUAAAAGAUUUUAAUAAAACUGACAUUUAAGGUAAAAAUUGACUAUGAAAAAUUAUUCUACAAUUACCAUAAAAUAGUUAUUUAUGUAUCAAGGCAGUAAAGUCGUAUUUUUUAUCACGAAUGUGAAAAUUAUUUGCCGAGGCGAGGCAAAUAACCACAUGAGUGAUAAAAAAUUACUUUAAUGCCGAGGUGCAUAUUAAAUUUUA